AUGGGUAUCACGUCCUUCUUCUCCUUCACGCAGGGGAUGGCAACGUUCACUCAGGUAUUAUUGGCAUUACCCAUGACACUGGAUCUAUUAGGUCCCCCAUCAUUCCUCUUACUUUCCCUACUAUUCACUCUCCAUCACUUCCUCUAUUCUACCUUACGACUAGCAUUCAAGAACACCCCUUUAGCACCCAUUAUAUCACUCCUGGCAUUUCUCUCACCAUUCAUCUCAUCAUUCCUGGUACUACUAACAUUGUAUUGGUAUCUCAAUCCACCAUCUUCAACAUCAACGACAAUCUUACCCCCUAUUCAACAUUACCUAGUCAACGUCCUGCCGUUCAUCUACGCUCAGAUAUUACGGUGGGUCAGUCCGCUGUUCACCCUACUGGAAGGAAUUAGUACACUAUUGGUUGUUCAGGUAGUGGGUCGUGUGGGUAAAGGUUGGGCAGACGAGGAAGAGAAUAACGAUGAGAAUAAUAUCGAAUGGAGGAGUUUGUUUGGGUUGAUUCUGGCUGCUUUGGUCUAUUGUGCAGGUUUAGCUGGGAUAAUCAAAGCAUUCCCACUAUCACCUGAAAAUUCUUUCCCUGCUUUCCUACUGGGUUGCGCACUCACUUCUGUAGUAUUUUUAUCUCUCAUUGGGUUCACUCUGAGGCGGACAAACGUGUUGGAAACUAGUCUGGUGUUUGUAUACGUCGUGUAUUCAGCCUGGUUGUCUGGUGUCGAAGGAGCGAUGGAACCCAGGACCUACGGCUCAGGCUGGUUACCUUCCCCCACUUCCUCACUCCGCCAACCAUCUUCGCAUAUCCCCAAAUCACUUGAUUCUAUCUCGGCAUUAUUCAACUACGCCAUUCACUCUACCUUCCCCUCAUUCAUUAGCGUCUCUCGUACCCUUCCCCCUCAUUUGUUACUAUCGUUGAUAUACAGAGUAGCGGUGUUGCACAUGGCAGCUAGGAUUGUGCCUGUUAUUAGGAAAUCUAGUUUGGGUUGGGAUGAUGGGCUGUCAAUUGAUGGGAAUGGGGUAGGGGAACAGAAAGAAGGGUUUUGGGAUGGAAGGAGUUUAGGUCAAGAGCCACCUAACAUGAGAAUAACAACGGUAGUGUUGAGUUACAGAAGAGCUAUCUUAAUAGCCGUUUAUACACAUCUACUGCUACUCGAUGGAGGAUCUCAAACAUGGUGGAGAUGGAUCAACAUAGCUCUUUUCCUUUCCGUAUGGAGUCUGGAACUGCUGUUAGAUGCAGAAGGAGAUGAUAAUGAAAGUGUCACAAGGUGGAAAGUGGAUUAA